ACAAUAUGCAAGAUAUAUGAACAAAUCUGUUUGCUAAUUUUUACAGCUAUUUAGUCAUCAACAAAGUGCCAAAUUUGCUUGCUGGCACAAAACUGACGCGGUCAGUCAUUUCCCUGCAGUCAUUUGUUUCGUGAAGUGGUUUCGUCAAGGCCGGUUUCGUGAGUGGAUGUGGUUUCGGUGGUUUCGAAUGUCUUGAGCUGAUGUAUUGAAGUGAACAAUUCAACAAUGGCUCCAGCAAGGCUGAAGUUUUCAGAAGGAGAGAAGGUCCUAUGCUUUCAUGGACCUUUGAUAUAUGAGGCAAAAUGUGUCAAGACACGUGUCAAGGAUGGGAAAAAUCAAUAUUUUGUGCAUUAUGCUGGCUGGAAUAAGAACUGGGAUGAGUUUGUGCCAGAGAGUCGUAUCCUGAAACACAAUGAAGCAAAUCUUCAGAAGCAAAAGGAGCUGAAAGAUGCUCACUACGCCAACGUCCAGGCCAAGAAGCAGAUCAAGUCGGACGCCAAGAAGCGGCGCGCCGAGGCGGCGGCGGCCGCCGCUGCCGCCGCCGCCGCCGCCUCUGCGUCGGGCCCGUCCUCUUCGACGUCGUCUGGCGGCGGCGAGUCGAGCGGCCGGCAGCGGGAGCCGUCUGUCAGCAGCGUGCAGAGCAGCGAGGACGGCCGCCGGCGGCGGCGGCUCGACACGCCCGAGCAGACGCCCAAAGCUGUGGAGGAUAAGAAGUUGGUGGAUUCGUCUUCGGAAACUGCCUCCGAUACGGAGGGUCGUAGGAAGGGUCGUCAGGAGCAGACCGUCGAAACGGAGGAGCAGUUUUUGACGAAGGUGGAGGUGAAGAUUAAGCUGCCCGAUGAGCUGAAGCCGUGGCUAGUGGAUGACUGGGACUUCGUCAUCAGACAGAAAAAGCUGUACAACCUGCCGGCUCGGAUUACCGUGAACCAGUUCAUCAGCGAGUAUGUCAAGAUGAAAAACUCGAGCAAGUCGAGUACGCCCAACAAGGAGAGCGCCGUGAUCGAGGUCACUGAGGGUCUGAAGGAGUACUUUAACGUGAUGCUGGGCACCCAGCUGCUGUACAAGUUCGAGCGGGUCCAGUACGCCGACAUCCUACAGAGUCACAAGGACACGCCGCUUUCCGAGAUCUACGGGCCGGUGCACAUUCUGCGUCUGCUGGUGAAGAUGGGUCCGAUGCUGACCUACACUCAGCUGGACGAGAAGAGCAUAGCCCUGCUACAGGCACACAUACAGGACCUUCUCAGGUACAUGGUGCGCAACUCUGAGCGUCUGUUCAGCACUGACGACUACUACGUGGCGCCGCCCGAGUACCACCGGCGCGGCAUGUAGCGGCCAGCUGUGCUGACUGCUGCUCGCGGAGACCGCUGAACACGACCUCCGUGUGAGGACGGCGGCGGGUGGACGGAUCGCUGACAGGUCAGUCAGCCGCUCGCCGGCGGAUCUCUGAGAGUGACUGGCGCUGACUUAUUCUCUGAGAGAGGUCGGACGACUAGUUACCGUCUCUGACGGCCCCAGUGAUCAGUACCGAACCCUGGUGGGUAGUUCAGAAGUCAGCGGUCACUUUCCUCCGUACUGAGGCACAGAUGGCCCCACGUCUGCGCCGGGAGAGCUUCUCACUACAAUGUGAGAGGGCUGCAGUGAUGUCGGAGGUGGUCAAGUCCAGAAACUGAGCUGACCAAUCUACGGCUGAAAAUACGGCUCGUAAAUAACCGUCGUGGCAGCACCAUAGAGAAGAGGGAUUUGUUUCGAGAGACCUGAGCGAUAUAACCAACAGGGUGGGUUAAAUUAAGUGCGGGCGACAACCAGCGAGUGACUAGGAAUUAGAAUGUGUCAAUUUCGACGGACUGGGGUCUCAUCCGUUGGUCAAGGGGUCGUCCGGCUGGUGACCUGUCAUUGGCUGACGAGGAAGCGCUCUCGUUUCGUGAAGUACAAGUGGCCGUUGUUUUGGUGUCGUGUCGUUCGUUGUAUAAUCGCGCUGUAGUGGAUGUUGUUUUUCGUACUAUCGUACUAUGUGAUGUGUGUUGGGCCCGCGCGCAGCGCACGUGUAUUCAUCAUCUCUGACUUCGCCUCGUUGCCAUAUGGUAUGGUGUUCAUGGUGGUCAUUUGUGAGAGGCUGUACCAUUUGUUCUCAUGUGGAAAUGGUUGGUAAUCUGUCUGUCUGUCGCGCGAGGGAAGUGAAAAUUGACUUAUGAACGCGUCUUACAUGCAUGUGUUAUGUAUUCCAGUCCGGUGUAAACUGUUUUGAGCCCUUUACCGGAUAUGCCUUUCUAGUACAGUACCAAGCUGUGACAGUUUUGUGAACUGAGAAGAUUGGCUCCCAUUUUGUAUUCCAGAAAAUUAUUGUUUUGUAGCUUGCUAGAAUGACGUCAGUGGGAAGUGAAUUGGGGACUGGGCCUGCCCCCGCGGCCCUGUCGUGCCUGUUUUGCGCCCAGUGGCCGGGUACGUCUGACCCGUUCUGUAAUUCGUGCGCUGUAACGUUUUAAUGUUGACUUGUGAAGUCUCUGAAAAUACAAGAUUCGGAAGUA